AUGUCGGAAACCUUGGACAGGCCUCCAAAUGAUCACAAGGAAACCGUAGCUGGAGUUCUGCACCGUUCCAAGCAACACGCCAGACAGGACUCGCGAACAAAGUCCAUCGCAAGCAACUACAAGGGCUUCGUGGCAGGCGUCUUCUCGGGCAUAGCAAAACUCUCUGUCGGUCACCCUUUCGAUACAAUCAAGGUUCGCUUGCAGACCUCGCAGAAAGCGCAAUUCAAAGGACCACUGGACUGCCUGUUGCAGACGCUGAGAAAAGAGGGGAUAACUGGGGUCUACAAGGGUGCAACUCCGCCACUGCUAGGAUGGAUGGCCAUGGACUCUGUCAUGUUGGGAAGCUUGACAGUUUACCGGAGGCUGUUGCUUGAGAACAUCUUUGCCAACCCGGCUUUCCGCCCCGGAAAGAGCGCUGCAGAGCUCGCCAACGAGAAAUUACCUGCUUUUGGACAUGGGAUUGCAGGGACUAUGGCGGGGUCUACCGUUUCGUUUAUUGCUGCGCCGGUUGAACAUGUCAAGGCAAGAUUGCAGAUUCAAUACGCCGCCAAGAAGAAGGACAGGCUGUACAGUGGCCCUAUAGACUGCACGAGAAAGAUUCUUCGUUCCCACGGCAUCUCUGGCUUGUAUCACGGCCUCUUCUCAACGUUGAUCUUCCGCUCGUUCUUCUUCUGCUGGUGGGGCAGCUACGACCUCAUGACGACCUGGUUCAAGAAACACACCUCUCUUUCCACUCCCGCGAUCAAUUUCUGGGCAGGCGGGAUGUCGGCACAAGUCUUCUGGCUGACCUCUUACCCUUCGGAUGUGGUCAAGCAGCGCAUAAUGACGGAUCCGUUGGGCGGCAGUUUGAAUGACGGCACUCCUCGCUUUAGACACUGGAAGGAUGCCGCCAUUGCUGUGUAUAGAGAGUCUGGAUGGAGAGGGUACUGGAGGGGCUUUGUGCCCUGCUUUCUCAGAGCAUUCCCUGCGAAUGCGAUGGCAUUAGUAGCCUUUGAAGGUGUAAUGAGAGCGCUUCCUGAUUGA